UUUCAGGACAUUAUUGAGACUGGUAGAACAAUGAAAGCUCUGCUUUCAAAAAUAAAAGACAAGAAACCAAUGAUAGUAAAAGCCUGCUCCUUAAAACGACAUGUCAGAAUCCAGGAAACAGACCAGACUGUCUUCAAAGCGGCCGUGCAGGCACUCUGUGUGAAGGUUUGCCACACACUCAUGGAUAACAUGGCUCACAUCUGUGUUCUGAAAGAGAAUGCAAAAGAGAAAUACAGGAUAUCAUAAUGUCAGUCUUCUGGAGCACUAAUUCCUGGCUGCUGAUUAGGUGAUAAACCAUUACACCAGGAAAUUACUUCUGCUCCUUGUGUGUCCCUAAGAACCAGAAGCUACCUGUUACUGUCCAGGACCUGCAGCUCGCUGAUUCCCACUUGUACUAUGCGCUGAACACCAACUGUUGAGACCCUGGGUUUUUCCCGUCGCGAAGGUGCAGCCCGGAGCUGGGGCCGAGGGUCUGGCAACGAGGAGCGUUGCCAGCGUGCACGUCACGUUCCACGCCCCGGAGCGGAUUCCUCCCCCUCCGCCCGGGGACCGGGGGGGCACCAGGGCUGGAAGGAGCGGGGAUCGAGGCCCCCCCGACGUCACCGCCCCCGGCCCGGCCCCGACGAUCGGGUGCUGCGGUUGCCGGGGAACCGCGGGCGCGGCCACAGCGGCUGUGACGGCGCCGCCGCCUCAGUUGCCGCAGAGCGCGCUCCGCGGUAGUUGUUCGCAGCCUGUGCUCGCGCAACGGCUGCGCUCAGCGAUUUGACAAGUGACUUGUUCACAGGACAUUGCGAGCUUUGGUCUCUGAACUCGCGAGCAUUGGUCUCUGCGAGGGUGUACUGAAUUUCAUUUGAAGUUUUGUUGAGGCAUUGUCGCUCAUCUGCGACAUCCUCCCUUCAAAAUGGCGUCUGGAUUGCAAAAGAAGACACCAACACCUCGUCUUUUGACCCGGGAAAUGCUGAAAUCUUUUACUCUGCUUCCCUCUAAGUUCCUGAGGGAGAAGCUUCUCGGCACAAAGAAGGAGGCCAACACUGGGAAGAGUAUGCUGCCCAGAAUUGGCCCACUUCAAGACACAAGUGAGGCUCGUCAAAAGUUGUUGUCAGGUCCUCCGAAACAGAGCUCGCUUGGGGUUUCCCCGUCAGAGAUGGUAUUUCAGAACUUCGUCCCUCAUGAGGUCUCUGAAAUGGUGCUGUCUCUCAUUAAUAAGAACAAGUUUCCUCAGAUGGUGAAGGUCUCCAUGGAGAGCUCACCUUACUUCCAGCUCAUGUGCUCCAACGACGCGUACCGUGUGGUGCUGCCGGGCGCGUCUGUGCCUGUGCGCAUCCGCUUCACCCCCGACGAGAACAAGAAUUAUUCCCACAAGCUUGUCUGCAUCACUGCAAGGGAAAGGAUCGUUGUGCCCAUCCGGGCCAUUGGUGCCCCAGUUGUCCUGGACUUCCCUGCCCAGCUGGACUUCUCGGUGUGUCCAGUCAAGUACAGCACCCAGAAGACUCUUCUGGUCCACAACACUGGUAACCUGGAAGCUCAUUACCAGCUGAGCACCCAGAGUCCUUUCUCCGUGGUGCCGGCCACAGGAACUCUGGGCGCUGGUUGCACCAUGCAGGUGACAGUGGGAUUUCACCCGCUGACCAACGGUGACCAUUGCGGGUCCCUGUGCUGCAAAACAGGGGAAGAAAGUAUCCACACAAAGCUCCUUGGAGAAGCUGUAGAUGUCGAUGUCAGGUUGAGCACCAGUUCCGUGGACGUUGACAAGACUUUCAUCACCAUGACAAGACACAAAACCGUUUUCAUUGAAAACAGGAGUAACAUCACAGUCCACUUCCAGUGGAAGGCUUUUCCUACAGAGGAAGAUGAGAAUGAAGAGAAGAAGAGGCAGCGUCGUUUGCUGCACCCACCGACUAAGGUGCGGCUGGAAAAAAUCAAGGAGGAGAAAAAAACAGAGAAGGAGAAGGGCUCUUUUGAAGAUCACAUUGCCCUCAUAAGAAGCAUGGUCCAGGAGAAAAUGGCAAAGGUGCAAGAAGACUCCAUGCUGUUCUCCAGUGACUUUUUUUUCAUUGAGCCAAUGUGUCACAGGGAGCAGUUACUGUAG